CCCGCCGGGACCGCGCGUUCCCGUGGAACUGCCUCGUCGCCGGCUACGCACACGUCGGCCGCUACGACGAUGCGCUUGCCCUCUACCUCCAGAUGGACGAGGAGGGCGCCCCGCGCGACGGGUUCACCUUCGAGAGCGCGCUCCGGGCCUGCGCAGGCGCCCGGUCCGCCGAGCUCGGUCGGGCCGUGCACCGCGACGCCGUGAGCGCCGGCCUCGCUGCCGACGUCUCCGUGUGCGACGCCCUCGUGGAGAUGUACGCCCAGUGCGGCGACCUGGAGAUGGCGUGCCAGGUGUUUGACGCAAUGCCGGAGAGGGACGCCGUCUCGUGGAACGUCAUGCUCGCUGGCUUGCUGGGGCACGGUGGCCUCUCUCCUCAGGCAACGGAGGUCUGGAGAAGGAUGCUCGGAGAAGGGCACAAGCCCGACUCGGUCGUGCUGUCGAAGAUGCUCUGCCAUCACCCUGAUGAUGGCAAACAGGGACUGGAGGUUCAUGCCUGGGUGAUUCGCCAUGAGCUUGAGAUAGAGUUGCCAGUGGCAAAUGCUCUGAUUGGAAUGUACGCCAGAAAGAAACAGCUAGGACAUGCUCUUUCCAUUUUCGAGUCGAUGCCCGCGAGGGAUCUGGCGUCAUGGAAUGCUAUAAUCUCUGCACACAGCCAACAUUUCGGCGUUCUCAUGAUGUUCCGCCGCAUGGUUGACUCCGGACUGCAGCCGAACGAGGCCACCUUCGUCGCGGUGCUGUCCGCAUGCGACAAUCUAGGGUUGGUGGAGGGCGGCAUGAGGCUGUUCUCUGAGAUGGAGAACAAGUACAGGAUUCAGCAUACUGUACAGCACUGUACCUCUGUGGUCAACAUGCUAGGCAAAGCUGGGAUGGUGGAUGAGGCUUAUGAGUUCAUGUCGAAGCGGCCGCGUCUCGGCAGCGAGCCAACAGUCUUGAGGGCGCUGCUUCAUGCUAGUUCAGUACAUGGCAACAUAAGGAUAGGCGAAAUUGCCGCCAAGAAGUUAUUCGACCUGGAGCCUGACAAUGCGCAUCAUUUCGUCACACUGAUGAAAAUGUAUGACAACACGGGUAGGUUGGAGGAGCUCGAGAAGGUGAAGAAAACGAUGAGGGAUAAAGGGCUUUAACGUUGACCUGUUGGGUCACCACUAAUCUCAACUUCUGUAGAAAGCCCCGGCAUCUUCAUUGCUGCAUGUGGUGGUGAUUUCUUACCAGUCUGCCAAGCUCCGGCAUCUUCUGUAUUAACAUACAUUAAGAUUCAAAUGUUUUUAUAGCAAAGUAUCAGCAGGACAGGGAUUCUGAUGUUUA